AUGGACCUUCAGCAGGAGGAGCAGGAUGUUCUGAUCUCUCAACUCUCCGGUAUUACGGGAAUUUCUCCUGCACAGGCCAGAGAGUUCCUGGUGACGAGCAACUGGGACCUGGAGACCGCGCUUGAGGAGUUCUAUCGCGACCAAGAUGAUAACACGCAAGACGGCCAUGGAUACAACGACGAAUCGGCACAGCCAUCAGGUGGUGGUCGAACACUUGGUGGUGCAGCAACCUCUCCUUCCUUUGAUGCUGCUACGCGCAAUGCCACCAAGAAGAAGUUUGCGACCCUCGGCGAUCUAGGUGCGGGUGAUAAUGGAGCUCAUGAUCACAGCGAUGACGACAGUGAUGAAGGGCAGGAUAUGUUUGCUGGAGGGGAGAAGUCAGGCCUGGCAGUUCAAAACCCGGAUGAUAUCAAACAGAAAAUCAUAGAGAAGGCGAGAAGGUCAGCACCAAGAGCGGCAGAUGUCUUAAAACCGAGAAGCUCGCAUUUCACGGGCGCCGCGCGUACUCUUGGAGGAGACGACACACCAAGCCAAUUUAUCCCCGACCCAAAUGCUAAUCGCCCCCUAAGAGCCCAGCGCGUUAGCCGAAUACUUCACUUCUGGGCAGAUGGGUUCUCAGUAGACGACGGUGACCUCUACAGAUCGGAUGACCCUCGCAAUGCAGAGAUAUUGAAUGGCAUCCGACAAGGACGUGCACCACUCUCGAUAAUGAAUGUGCAGGUGGGACAAUCGGUUGAUGUAGAGAUAAAACAACACGAUGAGAAAUACGUAAAGCCAAAACCCAAGUACAAACCAUUUUCAGGAAGCGGACAGCGACUUGGCAGCCCAACACCUGGUCCUACACAAUCUCCAUCCUCCGCGCCUGCAACUGCACUUCCAGCAGCAGAAGCGGAACAGCAGUCCCCAGGACCUGAAGGGCCUAAGAUAGAUGAGUCGCAGCCGACAGUCACGUUCCAAAUAAGAUUAGGAGAUGGCACGCGGUUAGUCACCCGAUUCAACACUACGAACACCAUUGGAGACGUAUACUCGUUCGUGACCGCUUCAAGUCCCGCCAGCCGGCAACGACCGUGGGUGCUGAUGACGACGUUCCCUAGCAUGGAACUAACUGAUAAGGAAGCGGUCAUAGGAGACCUCAAGGAAUACAAGCGUGGGGGGGUUGUGGUACAGAAAUGGACGUGA